AUCAUCACAUGACCAGAAAGUCUUGUGACGCUUAAUGUGAACCGAAAGUACCUUUGGCAUACUCCGGAACAUGGGCGGCCGCCAUUCAAGGUUCUAUCAGGCACCGGCUGGAUGCCUAAUCAUCUUGGAGACAAGAUGAGUGCAAAGAGAAAGAGCUGUUCUGUUGAGUACAAGAAAGGAAUCGUGGAGGACUCCCACGGCAAGAAUCUUACCACUUUCUGCAAAGAGAUGAAGUUAGAUCUCCGAAUGGUCCGAAAAUGGCGUGCAGACUACGGUAACCUCAGUCAAAAGGUGGACGAGGGAAAUGCUAAGAAGCGCAAGUGUGGAUCAGGUCGCCAGCCAUUAUAUCUUGAGCAGGAAGAUGUCAUCUGUGAAUGCAUUGCUGACAAGAGAGCAAAGGCUUUGGUUGUGCGCAGGGCUGAUAUUCAAGCAUUUGCCCUAGAAAUGGCACCACAAUUUGACAUAUCCUCAGAAGAUUUCAAAGUAUCACACCACUGGCUGGAUGGCUUCCUUAAGCGAUAUGAACUGUCUCUAAGAAGAUCGACAACACUGUUCAAGCUGGAAGAUAAUGAAAUUGUUAAACGUGCACUUGCAUUCAAGUUCUUUAUUGAUGGCAUAGACUUUUCUAAAUACCAACUCUCCAACAUGAUUGCGAUGGAAGAAACUGCAGUGAAUAUGGGCCAAGGAUCUCAAAUGACAAUUGAUCAGAGGGGUGCCUCCUCAAUCUACGUUCCCUCCACUGGUUAUGAAAGUUUUGGCAAUUUUGUUACCUGUGUUUUGGCAAUUUGUCUGGAUGGAACAAAAGCCACACCUCUAAUUAUCGCAAUGGGCAAGAAAGAUAAGAUUGAACGCGUUUCAGGUAUUUAUGUUCUUAAAACAGAAAAAGCCUGGUGCACACAAGCAGUUAUAAGAAAGUGGAUCGAUUUAAUGCUGCCACUUGUUCUGAGAGGUGGCCAAAGAGGUCUGCUAGUCUGGGAUUCAGCCAGCACUCACUGCGCAAAAGACAUGGAGAACUUCCUUGCAGAGAGAAUAGAUCAAGUAAUGAUUCCCACAGGAAUGAUUGCUUAUCUCCAAACUCUUGAUAUUGCAAUAAACAAACCAUGGAAAUCAAUGAAUACACUGAAAAUAGAUUGGUCAGAAAUCAGGGUGGAAACUUUGUGA